AGUUGAUGAUGACGUCAUCAAGGCUUUAAUCGAAUCGGAUCGUCAUGUAACUGUGAUAUGCAUCUUAAACGCAAUGGAAAUUAUCCGUUUUUGAAGCAAAUCAUAACUGGAGAUGAAAAAUGGAUUCUUUACAAUAACGUCAAUCGAAAACGAUUAUGGUGCAAGCAGGAUGAAGCGCAACAAACCACUCCAAAGGCUUAAAUUCACCAAAAGAAGAUUAUGCUAUCAGUUUGGUGGGAUUGGAAGGGUAUGGUAUAUUUUGAGCUGCUUAAAAGGAACCAAACGAUUAAUUCGGAUGUCUACUGUAAGCAACUGGAUAAAUUAAACAUAGCAAUCAAGAAGAAGCGACCAGAAUUGGUCAAUCGUAAAGAUGUCAUAUUCCACCAGGACAACGCUAGACAGCACACAUCUUUGGUCAGUCGCCAAAAACUGAGUGAACUUGGCUGGGAACUUUUGAUGCAUCCACCAUAUAGCCCUGACCUUGCACCUUCAGACUACCAUUUGUUUCGGUCUUUGCAAAACUCUUUGAAUGAUAAAAAUUUUGAUAAGGACGAGGACAUAAAAUCCAACUUGCUUCAGUUUUUUGCAGCUAAAGGCCAGAAUUUCUCUGAGCGUGGAAUAAUGAAUUUAAAGGAAAGGUGGCGAAAGGUCAUCCAACAAAGUGGAAAAUAUAUAAUUGAUUAAAGUUCAUUCUAAAACUCAAAAAAAUGUUUUCACUUUUUUUGAAAAAAUCACCGGUUUCUUUUCGGUUUCGAGGUAAUUGGAUUCCCAUAAUGCUUAGGAGCAAUUGACGGAUGCCACAUUGAGAUUCAUCCAUCAUCUGACGAAGCUGUGGAUUAUUAUAAUUACAUAUAAAGGAUGGUAUUCCACCGUUUUGAUGGCAUUAGUUGACUCUAAAUACCGUUUUACUUACAUAAACGUAGAAAGUCCCGGGCGAUAUAAUGACUCUCAAAUUUAUGAGACGUCAUCACUUAAUAAAGAAAUAGAUAGCUAUGCUUUACUAAGCGAAAUGUCUAGAAAAACUUCGGGCGGAAAUGUGCCAGUAUUCAUUAUUGGGGAUUCGGCUUUUCGAUUUAGCAAACAACUAUUGAAACCGUAUCCAUUUAGCGUAAAUCAAAAUAAUGGUGAGAAGGUAUUCAACUGUGCUCUUUCGAAAACACGUCCAGUUGUGGAAAAUGCUUUUGGACACCUCAAAGCCCACUUUCGAGACAUCGGAAAAAUAAUUGACAACUCCAUAAUAAAAGACGCAACAUGCCUUCACAAUUUUUUAAAUGGUAACAACGACACGCUAACCGCUAAAUGGUUAUGCGCUUUGGAAGAGUUGGAGACUAGACGCCAAAAACCGUGUAAUGUUUCAUAUGCAUCUGACGACCCAAUUAAUGGAGAUAUGAUUCGGACAGCACUUUGUACAUAUUUUGUGGUUUCAUUGGAUUCGCUGAGGGCGACGGUAGGCAAACCGGUGAUGGCAGUGGAGAUGCAGCAACAAAUUCUACCGAAAUUUGAAGUGGUUUGGAGUCAGUAA